ACACGGCGUAAAGGCGAGGGAGGGGGACGGAUUUCAGGAGCUCUCCACCACAAACGCGUGUCCACACACCACAGGAAUGAAGCAAAAACAAACGGAUGCUUAACACAGUUAUUACGCAAAACUUUGUGGUUUUUCGUCUGAAUUCGCGUGUUUUUGUCUCUCGCGGACUGGACAGGAAAGUUUUUUAUAUAUCUGAGAAGGAAUAACGUUACCUGCCAGCAAACGAACACAUCAUCCGCAAACCGUCACACCUUCUCCUCAGCGUUUGAGUGCGCUGAGGACAUCGGAUCUGCUUUUGGACUGCAUUUUUUGUUCGUUUCUUUUUAAGGGUGAAGGGACAAGUCCCUUGAAGAUUCCAGAGAAUGGUAAAUGAUCGAUGGAAAAUCAUGAACAGUGUUUCAGAACUCGAGGAUGGACAGCAGCAUAAAUCGCAGAGGAUGAGCUGUAGUUAUCUCCUGUGCACCAUUCUGCUGUUUGUUGCCGUUUUACUGGCCGUGACAGUAACCGGGAUCAUCCUCCUGAUGAACCAUUACCAGGCUCCCAGCGGCCCCGAUGGCCCCCCGCUCAUCAGCACCAAUCAGGACGAGGGAAACGCCCUGGUGACCAUCGAGCGGGGCGAUGGCUCCCGCAUCAACAUCUUCAUCGACCCCAACUGUCCCGACUACAACAAUAACUUCCUGCGUCUGGAGGGGGUUCAGACCUCACUGCUGCACUCACUCACCGACCACGACACUGAUCUGAAAUCAGUGAAAGGCCAGGAUCGGGCUCUGCUGGUUAAACUGGCUGAGGAGGUGGCCAAACUGUCCGCUCACGCCAGCCAGCUGAAGAUGGAGUACAACGCUUUGAGGCAAGGCCAGGGCAACAUCGGGCAGGAGCUAAGCACACUGCAGACGGAACAGGGCAGACUCAUACAGCUACUGUCAGAAAGCCAGAUCAACAUGGUGAAAGUGGUGAACUCGGUGAGUGACGCGCUCAGCUCCAUGCAGAAGGAAAAUGGAAACAUCAAGAGCCGUCUUAAGGCAGAUCUGCAGAGGGCUCCGGUGCGCAGUGUCCGGCCCAAAGGCUGCGCCGCUGGAGAGGGUUCCAGACCCAGAGACUGCAGUGACAUCUAUGCCAGCGGGCAAAGAGAGGAUGGCAUCUACUCGGUGUUCCCCACGCAUUACCCAGCAGGCUUCCAGGUCUUCUGUGACAUGACUACUGAUGGAGGCGGGUGGACGGUGAUUCAACGCAGAGAAGAUGGCUCAGUUAACUUUUUCCGUGACUGGGAAGCCUAUCGUGAAGGAUUUGGCAAGAUAACAGGAGAGCAUUGGCUAGGCAUGAAACGAAUCCAUGCACUUACUAUUCAAGCCAACUACGAGCUGCGGAUUGACCUGGAGGACUUCGAGAACAGCACCUCCUUUGCGCAGUACGGCUCUUUUGGAGUGGGUUUGUUCUCAGUUGACCCAGACGAGGAUGGUUACCCACUGAGCAUCGCUGACUACUCCGGCACCGCAGGCGACUCGCUGCUCAAACACAACGGUAUGAAAUUUACCACCAAGGACAAGGACAACGACCACUCGGAGAAUAACUGCGCGUCCUUCUACCAUGGCGCCUGGUGGUACCGAAACUGCCACACGUCCAACCUGAAUGGACAGUACCUGCGCGGCCAGCACACUUCAUACGCCGACGGCAUCGAGUGGUCGUCCUGGACGGGUUGGCAAUACUCGCUGAAGUUCACCGAGAUGAAGAUCAGACCGACCAAGGAGGAGAAUAAAUGAGCGAGAACUAGAAAACCCGAGAGGAAGAACUCAAAGAUGGCUGUAGGUGUUAGAGACACUCAAUGCAGAAACUUUCCAGCAACGACUCUUCUUUCUUUGUCAUAUUUCUGUUUUCGAUCCCUGUUUUCCUAUCAUCUCGUAGUGUUCGUGCUGACGCCGCUGUUUUUUCUCCUAACACACCUCUGAAUAUUAUUGCAGGUAAUGUCAAAAAAUGUGCUACUGAGAACAAAAAAUAGUUGUUGUCUUUAAAAAAAAACAUAAAAAUGACACAAAAAAAUCUGUAGCUGUUAAAUUUAGCAAGAACGUGUAGCUUUUCAUAAAAAUAAAGACUUUUAACUGGUCUCGGACAUCUGGCGGAGAGGCAGCUUUGUCUUCUGUUAUUUCUGGUUCAGUGAUUAAUCAAUAACUCGUAGUUAAACGUGACAGGGUUGCUAUUGGUGUGUCCGGUCACUGCUGUAAUAUCUGGGAGGUAACUAGGUUUUCCCCGUGUGUCGAAUAAAUACGUUAUUGACCACCAGAGAUGCUCAAAGAGAAUAUGUGUCACGGUGGUGGCUUUUCAGAGUGAUGGGCCAAUACCGGCACAUUUUUCACUCUGACAGGUCAGUCGAAGGAAGGUUUAUCAAUGGAAAAGCACAGAAAACACAAUAACCCUGUGGGGUUGCAGGAAGUGUUGGAUUUUAUCUUAUGCACGGUAUAGGCUAGGUUCACCUGAAAUCACAAUGAGAUGGAUUGACUGAGCUUAAGGCUUAAUCUUUGGAGAAGAUCUGGGAAUUGAACUUGGGUUGAACUUCUGAACAGACUGACUUUUCUCUUUUGACUGUCAGAUUGUCAUUGGUUUGCCUGUAUGUUAUUGUGUAUCCAUUUAAUUUCCUUUGUUUUAGAUCGAUUGUGACGUUCUUGAUAUUUUUUAAUAAAAGGGAUAGUUUACCUGAAAAUUUUAUAGAAAA